ACAGCCUGGCAGUUACUGCGUAGGUGGAAGUUCAGGAUACAGAGAGUCCUGAGCACAGGAUAUAAGACAGAGAGACGGAGAGACAGAGACAUGGAUCACAGACAGCUGAGAGACCACAUCCGGAACUUCAGCCUCGGUGACUGCGCUCGGGGCAAUCAGGGGUAUAACCGGGUUCUCCUGCAGCUAUUCGGUUAUACAGGUCAAGGGAAAUCCUCUCUGAUUAAUUCUUGUAUAUACGCCCUGGAUGAUGAGAGAAGAUUUAUAGAACAUGCUUAUGCUCCAUAUUCACCCGGUGCUGCCACUAUGAUAAGAAAAACCUAUGAGCUCACCAGUAACAUCACCAUCGUGGACAACAGACCGUACACUACAAUGGGGACAUUCCAAAUAGCUGAAGUUUAUGCUCAGCUGGGAAACUUCACCCCUCUAAAUGAGAAGGUGGAUCGGAAAGAUAAUUACACUGAUAUGAUGAGAGAAGUGGAGAGAUCUGAAAUGGACCCAAAUUACACAGACUUAAUCGUUCCUGUGUUGGUUUAUAGUGCCAUGCAUGGACUUAGAGAAUGUGAAGAGCAGGAAAUGAAAAUGUUUAUGGAUAAUUGUACAGAAAUGACAGGAGUUGCCCCCAUCAUUGUCCUCACCUCCAAAGACAGCGGAGAUUACUUGGAGUUGGAGAAGCAGUUCAAGCUGAUAGGGGCUGAGACUGUGAUAGCUGUGGAGAACUACACCAAGGAGAGCCAGAUAAAAACUCUGGGGAGAACCACAGACUUCCUGAUGUUCAUUAAUGGCGCCAUAAAACAAGUAAUAUUCCGUAUGGAACAGACAAGGAACCCGCGGGAAGAGCGACUACAGCGGAAGAUAUUCCUGCUCCAGUACAUACAUGAGGCUGAAAUGAAAAUAGAGAAAGAGAAAAGAGAUCGGGAGACGUGCCAGGAAGUAGUUAAUAGUAGAAAGGGAGUUUGGGGAUGGUAUAAUUGGGUGUUACGUAGGUAGAGAUGCCAGAUGUGAGCAGGGGCUGAUGUUAUUAAAUGGGAAAUAUCACUUAAAGAGGGUUUUUGUGGCAUAAUUUCACAACCUCCACUUACUGUACCGUAGAUGUAUAAUAGAUGUCCCCACUUUAUACACAAUGCAGGUGUCCCCUUCAUGUGCUUCCAAAUCUCUCUAUAUAUACAUACCACCACCGUGGCCUGGCCACAUCUCCUUCCACAUACAUACCACCACCACCGUGGUCUGGCCCCAUCUCCUUCCACAUACAUACCACCACCGUGGCCUGGCCACAUCUCCUUCCACAUACAUACCGCCACCGUGACCUGGCCACAUCUCCUUCCACAUACAUACCGCCACCAUGGCCUGGUUACAUCUCCUUCCACAUACAUACCACCACCAUGGCCUGGUCACAUCUACUUCCACAUACAUACCACCACCGUGGCCUUUCCACAUCUCCUUCCACAUACAUACCGCCACCGUGGCCUGGUCACAUCUCCUUCCACAUACAUACCACCACCGUGGCCUGGCCACAUCUCCUUCCACAUACAUACCGCCACUGUGGCCUAGCCACAUCUCCUUCCACAUACAUGCCCCCACCGUGGCCUGGCCACAUCUCCUUCCACAUACAUACCGCCACCGUGGCCUGACCACAUCUCCUUCCACAUACAUAUCACCACCGUGGCCUGGCCACAUCUCCUUCCACAUACAUACCGCCACCGUGGCCUGGCCACAUCUCCUUCCACAUACAUACCACCACCGUGGCCUGGCCACAUCUCCUUCCACAUACAUUACUACACUGUUUCUCAAUAAAGGAAUUGAUAUCA